AUGGGUCCCCUCGCGAUGCCGUCCGGGCGCGACGCCCGGACCGGCGCGGUCGCGUCCUCGUCCUCGCCGUCGGCGUCGUCGCGGCUCUCCGCGCGCAGACGCCUCGCACCCGCGCGCCCGCGCCCGCGCGCGCCGCGCGACGAAAGAGCCCCCCAUCCGUCGAGCCGACGCGGAAGGGCGCUCCGCGUGACGACUCGCGCGGCGUCCAUCUGCGGCAUCGACCUCGGCACCACCAACAGCGCGGUCGCGAUCGUCGUCGACGGCAAGCCCGUCAUCGUCGCCGACGCCAAGGGCAACCGCACGAUCCCUUCCGUCGUGUCAUUCGCCGCCGACGGCAGCGUCCUCGUCGGCCACGACGCGCGCCGGAGGCUCGCCAAGGAUCCCGCCAACACCUUCUCCUCCGUCAAGCGCUUCAUCGGCAAGAGGUUCGACUCCAAGACGGUCAAGGACGACGCCCAGAGGGUACCCUACGAGGUCGUCGCCGCCCCCGACGGCGGCGUCGCCCUGCGAUGCCCCGCGCUCGGCGCGGACGUCACCCCGGUCGACGUAUCGGGACACAUCCUCGCGACUCUGCUCGCCACCGCCGAGGACGGCGCCGGAGUCGAACGAGGCGACAUCAAGCGCGCGGUCGUCACCGUCCCGGCCUACUUCGACGACGCGCAGUGCGCCGCCACGAUCGAGGCGGGUAAACGGGCUGGGCUCGAGAAGGUCAAGCUGCUGCACGAGCCGGUAGCCGCCGCGCUCGCGUACGGCGUCGACGUCGAAGCAGACGAGACUGUUUUCGUCUUUGACCUCGGCGGCGGUACCUUCGACGUGUCCGUCCUCGACGUCGGCGGCGGGACGGUGGAGGUGCUCGCGACGGGCGGGGACGCGCACCUGGGAGGGGACGACCUGGACCGCGCCCUCGCGGUGUGGCUCGCGAAGGAGGCGAAGAGUUUGAACGCCGAGGUUGAUCCGCGCGGCGCGCUCAUGGCGGCGCGGCGCGCGAGGGAACAGCUCUCGGAGGCGAUGGAGGUGGCGAUCCCGAUGCCGGGCGGGGCGGUCAAGACGCUGACGAGGCCGCUCCUGGAGAAGGUGUGCGCCAGGGUUCUCCGGUCCAUGCGCUUGCCCGUGGAGAUCGCGGCGGACAGCGCCGGGAUCAACCUCGAGGCGCUCCAGGCGGCGGCGACCAAGGGGGGCAAGGGGAUCAAGAACAAGCGGACGCUCGCGAGGCGGGGGGGUAGGCCCUUCGACCACAUCCUGCUCGUCGGCGGGGCGACCAAGACCCCGGCGGUGCGCAGGUUCGUGGAGAACACGUUCGGGCGGAAGCCGCGGCCGGGGCUGGUCAACCCCGACGAGGUCGUGGCGCUCGGCGCGGCGGUGCACGCGGGGUCCCUCGAGGGUUUACUCGCAGAGACGGAGACGUUGGGCCCGAUGCAGGCGUCGCUGAUUCGAGCAUUCGCGAGUAAGAUGCGACGCGAACGCGGCGAGGAGGCGUUCGAGGAUUUACUCGUGGACGCCGACGAGUCGUUGUUUGGUGACGACUCGUUCGAUGAGGACGACCAGUUGGUGUGGACCGAGGAGGCGAUGGCGGCGGCGGCGGCGGCGGCUGGGCUCGACCUCCUCGACGACGCGAGUGGUGACGACGACGACUGGGGUCCGGAGGAUCUGAACGAUCUGCUGAGGGAGCUGGAGGACGAGUUCAUCGAGGAGGAGCUGGACGAGUUGGACGAGCUGAGCGUGAACAAGGACGACGACGAGGGUUGGCCUAGGAGCUCGUGGCCGCGGCGAGCGUGAGUCUAACACUUAGGUUUUCGAGGGACUAAAAUUUUCAACCG